AUGCUUGCAGUGCGUCAGCUUCUGGCCGCAGAAACAUCAGCGCUGGGAGUUCGAGCGACACUUCACAAUCGCAGCUCUGUUCCACGUGUAGUUGACGAUCGAGAGAAAUCUCGUGCCUUCCCCUCCGACACCGGCUACGUCUACCGCUAUCAUCGUCCGGGAGUCGAUGCCCUGCCACGAAUUCCAGGCUGUCGAGUUCCAGUCGCGAAACCGCCGUAUCGUAUCAGCGAUUCAUGGUCUGAAUCACAAGCGCGAUUUGGUCAGAACGACUAUAUCGACCUGUUAGGCGAUGGGCAACUGCAUCCAGCCUUGCUACAGUAUCAUACACCGAAAUGGUUGCGAGGAUUUCCGGGACAACACCGUGCGAACGAACUGGUGAAGCUAAUCCACUAUCGGAACCUCUACUCCGAAAAGUUGAAACAGAAUUCACCAAGAAGAUGGCAUGAGUUGUGCAAGAGAAUCAAAUACUUAUUACAACAUCACAACUACGAGAAACAAGAUGAAUUGUCGAGAGAACGUGACCUUGGACUUUGGGACGAAGAGCCAGACUACUUCUACAAAGAUAAGUCUCGGCGGUCCUAUAAGGAUCUUGUUUAG